AUGCUCCAGGUGCUCCAGGAUCACAUCCAGCCAGCUGGACACAGAAGCCGCAAAUCUCGCCUGGUCACCAAAGACGGGCACUGCAACAUUGAGUUCGGCAACAUUGAAUACAGCAACCACUUUGCGUUCCUGGUGGACUUCUGGACCACGUUUAUGGAGAUCCGCUGGCGUUUCGUUCUCCUUCUGUUUGUGGCCUCGUUCACAGGCAGCUGGUUCGUUUUCAGCCUGCUGUGGUACUGGAUCGCAAGGAGCAACGGGGAUCUGAUGGGGCAGAACCGCACAGAUGGACAUAUCCAUUGUAUAGACAAUGUCAAUGGCCUGACAACAGCGUUCCUCUACUCCCUAGAGACCCAGACGACCAUUGGGUACGGAGGCAGGGCGCUAACUGGGCACUGCGCCGGCACUGUGGCUCUAAUUAUCAUCCAGUCUCUAGUUGGCGUCUUCAUCAAUUGUUUCAUGUGUGGCAUCAUCUUGGCAAAAAUCUCCUUACCCAAAAAAAGGGCAAAGACUGUCACCUUCAGCAACACAGCUGUCAUCUGCUUGAAGAAAGGAAGUCUGUGUCUCCUGAUCAGAGUGGCAAACCUUCGAAAGACCUUAUUAAUCGGCAGCCAGAUCUACGGAAAGCUGCUUAAAACAACAACCACAUCAGAUGGAGACACCAUCAUUUUGGACCAGGUGGACAUUGACUUUAUGGUCGAUUCUGGCAAGGACAACUUGUUUUUUGUUUGCCCUAUGACCCUUUACCACGUGAUCAACAGAUCGAGCCCAUUCUACGAGCUGUCGGCCGACUCUCUUCCCCACCAGGACUUUGAGUUGGUGGUCUUUUUGGACGGGACAGCCGAGUCCACCAGCUCCUCCUGUCAGGUCCGAACCUCCUACAUCCCUCAGGAGAUCCAGUGGGGAUACAGUUUCCUGCCCAUCAUCUCCCGCACAACGACGGGAAAGUACUGCGUGGACUUUUCAAACUUUUCCAAAAGCGUCCGGGUCACCACGCCACACUGCGUCCAAUGCUUCGAGACAGACGCAGACCAUAAAAACCACAACCGAGAAAAUCACAACAACCAGCAGAAGUCGGGGAUCGACAACUUGGGGUAUCAAGUGAUCGACAUUCACGACUCUGUGGACAUCACCAAAAUGUGA